AUGAAAUCUUCAUUCUCGUCUCAUUUCAUAGGCGAUUUUGAAUUAUCUUCAAUGGAAAUGGAAGUAAUCAUCGUUGUUCUAUUCAUAUUCAUUACAUUUCUACCAGUGGUCAUCGUUGCUUUAAGUGCUCUUUUAUCUGUUAUUACCAAAAAAGUCUUCUUUUCAAAUCUCACCAAUUGGUGGAUGGAAUUGUUUUCACGUGGAAUCAUCGAACAAAUCUUCAUUAGUGCUAUUGAAUAUCUCCAUACUAAUCGUCAUUUUGAAGGCAAAAUUUCAAAACAUCAACGUGUUUAUAAGAUCAAUAAAAAGAUGAUUCCAACCCAAAAUGCACAACGAAUCAGAAAUUUCACUCUUAUACUCUAUCCGAUCCAAGCAUUUAUAGUAUCAUUAGUCAUCUUCGAGAAACUAUUUACUCAACAGCGAUCGUUGGAAACAUGCGAAACAUAUCAGAAGUUAUUCUCGAACGAUUCGUUCUAUGACACAGCUUGUUCAGUUAGAUCGCUUGCAACACACAUAUCGCUUAAUGAACUCUUCAAUCCAAUCAAUGCAUUUCAAUCCAUGACAUCAUCUCCGCUAUUCGCUAAUGUUUCUGAAUAUUGCGAACAAUCAAAUGCGACAAUAUAUGAGACUUCAGCUCGCAAGUCGAUCAUUCAAUGUACGAAAUACUUUUUCAAAUGGAAUAAUAUCAUUGAUACCUUUACAAACGCUUUGCAAUGGCAUCAAAUAACGAUAUUUAUUCUAAAAUUGAGUCUUUCUCUUACAUACAAAUGGCAAUGUAGUUUGGGAGGAUCCAAAUGGUGGUCUCAUUUGUCACGAAAUUCUCGUCUUGUUAUGCUGUGCUCACUGACUCUCGUAUGGACAAGUAUAUCUGUUGUUUAUUCACUAAUUCUUAUUUCAUUUUUUGAAACUCUCGUAUCAGCUCAGGUCAUUCUAGCGGUGCAGACAUUUGUUGUCCUUCUCAUUCCAAUACUUUUCCUUCCACUACCAUUACUUCAUACUUGUACAUUGUCUAUCUGGACUAUACGAACUUUUGAAAACAGAAUAUGUGAACAAGAACUAUCUAAUGCUCUAGAUAACGCAACAAACAUCCUCAUUUAUGCUCCAAACGAUGAUCAGUAA